AUAAUCCAAGAAGGAUGUGACGACAAACAAGAGGACACAAUUUACUCGACGUAGUACACCCCACUUCCACCCAAAGCCCUGGAAGCAUUUUCUCAUAUCAUCAAAUUCAAACAAAGCUCCCACUCACUCCCUUCCCCCUAAUGGGCAGUCAUGAACACUGCUAAACCACCACCACCUUCAUCAACCUCAAGUCCAUUCCCUAUACUCCAAACUCUAACUCCCCUCCAUCGGGUCUCUCCAUUGCCUUCCUCCACCAUCAUCACAACCUUUACCGCCAAACCCCCACGCCAAUUUGUGGUGCUCGUGCAGGGCACUGCCGAUCACACUAACCCCACAAGCGUCUCCUUCACCACUACCACCGCCGCAACCACACCUCACCACUCGCUCAAUCAGACACUCCUAACACUCCUCCGUCAAAGAAAGACCGAAGAGGCCUGGCUAACUUACGUCCAGUGCACACAGCUUCCCAGCCCCACCUGCCUUAGCCGCUUGGUCUCUCAAUUGUCCUACCAAAACACCCAUCAAGCCCUCACCCGUGCCCAGUCCAUCAUCCAACGCCUCCGCAAUGAGCGCCAGCUCCACCGCCUCGACGCCAACUCCCUCGGCCUCCUCGCCGUCUCCGCUGCCAAGGCCGGCCACACCCUUUAUGCUGCCUCCCUCAUCAAAUCCAUGCUUCGCUCCGGCUAUCUUCCCCACGUGAAGGCAUGGAGCGCUGUGGUAAGCCGCCUUGCCGCUUCAGGUGAUGACGGCCCGCUCGAAGCCCUAAAGCUGUUUGAUUCGGUGACCCGACGGAUCCGCAGGUUUACUGACGCUACAUUAGUUGCGGACUCUCGGCCAGACACGGCUGCUUACAACGCCGUGCUGAAUGCUUGCGCCAAUUUGGGCGACACCAAAAGGUUCUUACAGGUGUUUGAAGAAAUGACUCAGUUAGGUGCGGAGCCUGAUGUUUUGACUUAUAAUGUUAUGAUCAAGCUUUGUGCUAGAGUUGAUAGAAAAGAUCUGCUUGUCUUUGUUCUGGAGAGGAUUCUUAACAAGGGGAUUCAAUUGUGUAUGACCACUUUGCAUUCUCUUGUUGCGGCUUAUGUUGGUUUUGGUGAUUUGGAGACUGCGGAGAAACUGGUUCAAGCAAUGAGGGAAGGGCGGCAAGAUCUAUGCAAGAUUCUUAGAGACGUGAAUUCUGAGAACCCCGGUAAUAAUGAGGGAUAUAUCUUUGAUAAAUUGCUUCCUAAUUCUGUUGAACACAAUAACUCAGAGCCCCCAUUGUUACCUAAAGCGUAUGCUCCUGACUCUAGGAUUUACACAACCUUAAUGAAAGGUUACAUGAAGGAAGGACGUGUUACUGAUACCGUCAGAAUGCUUGAGGCAAUGCGGCAUCAGGAUGAUAGCACCAGCCACCCUGACCACGUUACAUACACGACUGUUGUUUCUGCACUUGUCAAAGCAGGUUCAAUGGACCGAGCUAGGCAGGUGCUUGCUGAAAUGACAAGGAUUGGAGUACCUGCAAAUCGGGUCACCUAUAAUAUUCUUCUCAAGGGUUAUUGCGAGCAGUUGCAAAUAGACAAGGCGAAAGAGCUGGUUCAUGAGAUGGUCGAUGAUGAAGGGAUUGUGCCUGAUGUGGUUUCUUAUAAUACCUUAAUUGAUGGAUGUAUACUAGUUGAUGACAGUGCCGGGGCUCUUGCCUACUUUAAUGAGAUGCGAGCAAGAGGAAUUGCUCCUACCAAGAUCAGUUACACCACUUUAAUGAAAGCUUUUGCCUUGUCUGGUCAACCAAAGCUAGCAAACAAGGUAUUUGACGAGAUGCUCAGAGACCCACGAGUGAAAGUUGAUUUGGUAGCUUGGAAUAUGUUGGUUGAAGCUCAUUGUAGACUGGGACUGGUCGAAGAAGCAAAAAAAACAGUUCAGAGGAUGAGAGAGAAUGGAUUUUACCCUAAUGUUGCUACUUAUGGAAGUCUUGCAAAUGGGAUUGCAUUAGCUAGAAAGCCAGGAGAAGCACUUUUGCUUUGGAAUGAAGUGAAGGAGAGGUGUGUUGUGAAGGAGGAAGGAGAAAAUUCUAAAUCUUCUCCCCCACCAUUGAAGCCUGACGAAGGGCUAUUAGAUACUCUGGCUGAUAUCUGUGUGAGGGCUGCAUUCUUUAGGAAGGCUUUGGAGAUAGUGGCUUGCAUGGAAGAGAAUGGGAUUCCACCAAACAAGAGUAAAUAUACUAGAAUCUAUGUGGAGAUGCACUCAAGGAUGUUUACAAGCAAGCAUGCCUCAAAGGCCAGGCAGGACCGAAGGAGCGAGAGGAAGAGAGCAGCUGAAGCCUUCAAAUUCUGGUUGGGCUUACCUAAUUCAUAUUAUGGGAGUGAAUGGCGGCUUGAACCUAUUGAUGGAGAUGAUUAUGGUUCAGAUUCUGUUUAACUGUCUGGUCUGUGAUGGCAUUCCACAGGAAGGGAGCAGAUUUAGCAAAAAGGGAAAUCCAAUACAUUUAUGGAUCAGAAGAUUAUAAGGCUUGUAUUACAAUUGUAACAUACUCGUUUAAUGUAUAAGUGGGUUUCACUGUUAUAGAACUUAUCAACUUAUCUAUA